CGCUCUUUGAUCCCGCUCUAUUUCUCCUCGUCACGCUCUUUUGGUUAUUCCUCUCACGCUUCGCCCUAUUACAUCCGUUCUAUUCUCCAUCGCUUUUCUCCAAGGCUUUGUUCUUCGUUCUGGCCAAGGCGCCAGCAAUAGUAUCGAGCUGUUUGCCCCAUUCCUCUGGGUUUGCCAGAUGCGAGCUCCAUUCUAGCAGCGGCCGUGGACCAAAUCGCUCGAGAGGCGCUUCUAGCUGCCGAAAUAUCCACAAUGGGCGCGUCUAGCAGAUGGUUCAAGAGCUUUAUCGGCGUGAAGAAGUCCAGCAACAACAGCAGCUCCAGAUCCCUGGCGGAAGAUCAGAAGAAAGCGGACAAGCCGUCCAAGAGAUGGGGUUUGUGGAAGCAAGGCGAGCACGAUCGCAGGGGCGGCGAUACGGCAGCGGCAUUGCACGAUCAAGUUAUCAGCCAGGUGAUUCGAGAGACGCGCUCAUCCUAUCAUCAGCAUCGAAAUCCCAUCCAGGACGAUGUGGAUGUUGAAUCGCUUGGCCAUCGCUCCCAGCAGCAGCAGCAGCAGCAAGCCCUGGCGGCGGCGGCGGUCGCCGCAGAGGCUGCUGCCGCCGCCGCCAACGCCGCCGCGGCGGUGGCACGUCUCGGGGUAAGUACCAACAAUAAAUCCCACAUCGCUUUCAGGACUGUUAGAGAGGAAUGGGCCGCUAUCCGGAUUCAAUCAGCCUUUCGCAGCUUUCUGUCGAGAAGAGCUUUACGUGCUCUCAAAGGCCUUGUCAGGCUCCAAGCUUUAGUCCGCGGCCACCUGGUUCGAAAGCAGGCGGCUGUGACACUGCGUUGCAUGCAAGCGCUCGUCCGUGUCCAGGCCCGAGUCCGAGCUCGCCAGGUCCGGAUGUCUGAGGAAGGCCAGCAAGUGAGAUGGCGGAUCGAGCAGCGUCGGAUGCUUGAAGCUCAGCGUCACCAGGCCGAGCUCGGGUGGUGUGCUUGCCAUGGUACCAAAGAGGAGAUCGAAGCGAAGCUUUUUCAAAAGCAAGAAGCAGCCGUCAAGCGAGAACGAGCACUGGCCUAUGCAUUCUCUCACCAGUGGAGGCCCAACUCGAAGCCAAGCUCUGGAAUGUACAUCGGCAGUGAACCCGAAAAGAACCAUUGGGGAUGGAGCUGGCUGGAGCGCUGGAUGGCAGCCAAGCCGUGGGAGAAUCGAAUACUGGCUAACCAGGAGAAGCAGCAGAGCAGUGGCAAAGAAAACAACGUCCACGCUGCUCGCUGUGCGGAUGGAUUCCACAAGCCCAGCGGGACCACUGCCAGAACCAACAAUGCGACGUCAAGAAACUCGGGACCAGUGCACAGAGCGUACCCGUCGCAGGACAGCUUCAAGUUUUCGUCCAUAUACUCGGACAGGCACUCGGAGGGUGGUAGCCCCCCGCCUUCGUCGAGAGGUACCCCGCGAUCGAUUUUACUGGCGCCUCGCGUGCUCUCUUCCAGGGCCCAGCACACAAACUCCAACUCCAACAAUCGCCCGGGUGCUGCCCCGGAAGAUCCAAAGUGCAGGCCCAGCUACAUGAACCAGACUCAAUCGGCUAAAGCAAAGACGAGGUCCUCUAGCACUCCCAAGCAGAGGCCCGUAACUUACGAUCAAGCACUGGACGAGAAGAGGAAGAGGUUCUCACUCCCAACACCGAGGCACGGGCUCUCAAAGCUGAGCCCCGAGGCUAGCAGGCAGGAGAUCGCUAGCCGGCGGAAGUUUGUGAUGCCGCCGGCGAUUGCCAAGCCGGAAGUUAAACCGGAGCAUCACGGCUACGUUUCUCACGAACAGCUGCGAAAGGCUUUCAGAUAAACAAGGAGCGGAGAUUCGACUUGCAACGCACAGCUCGUGCAAGAACAGUAUGAAGGUACUCCUAAAGUUCUAUAGCUAACUUAUGAGAUGGAUGAAGGAAAGCACAAAAAUGAGAAAAAGAGAUGAGAUCGAAGAACUGGCCUCUAGAAUCGGAGUUUUACUUCAGCAGUCCGGCGUCCUUGAGCAUUGGAACUAGCUGGCCGCUGUUGUGCUUUUUAGUAGUAUCUGGAAAUCAAAGAGGCAAGUUUUCUAGCUC